CUCUCUGACAGAUGUUUCUGAUUAUAACUUUUUACGAAAGAAACGAAACUUAAAAUCUGGGGGUUUCCAUCUUGUUGAAGGUGUGGCUUCGAUAUAUUCCCCACCUCUUAAGCAGCUUUUUGCACAGUCUAAAUUUGUCAUCCAAGAGAUUUAAACAUGUGGGCAGAGAAUGACUUGUGUCCAGGUGUGCCAUGUCUCGAAAGCUACACAGAGCCUGUGAAUGGUAAAAUAUACCUAAUGUAUCAUGGGACCUCUCGACACGCUGCACAGCAGAUCAUGAGCUGUGGCUUUCGGCCAUCUCAAGGUGGAAUGCUGGGACGUGGGGUCUACCUCAGCCGAGAUCUUAACAAGGCCAGCAGAUACCCGCUUCGUUUGCCUGAACUUGAAAGAGCUGUUAUUAGAGUGAUGGUCAAUGUCGGGAGAGUGAAGAAGAUUGACCAACAGGGUCAUCCACUGCAGAAAACUUGGCAUGAUCACGGGUACGACACUGCCUGGUGCCCUCCAAACUGUGGGAUGGUGAGAAGCGGUCUUGAAGAAGACUGUGUUUGGGAUCCACGUCGGAUUCAGAUCGUUGAUGUAAUUUACCCAAAGGUGCAAUAUGGUUAUUAUUGUUAAAAAGAAAAACCCAACAUAAAAUAUAGAAAUUGCAAAUGUACUGCUUCUUUUUCAUGACUUUUAAGAAUACAAGAUUUCUUGUCAAAUGAAUUACUGCAUUAAUCUGACAACUUCUUAUGUAUAAGUAAUAUUUUUGAAUAUUUCCAGGCUUGCAGAUUGCACUUGCAUGCCUGUGUUCAAAAUCAAGGCUAAAAUCAAGUUUGUUACUAAACUGUAAGAAAUAUUAGUUGAUGUUGUUCAAAAGACAGAGAAUUUGAUGCAAAAGAUAAAUGUGCUUGUUAUUCAAAACAUGAAAGAAUUGUGGUCUAUAACCAAUAUAGCCAACUACGACUUUAUGUCUAAUCUGUUUCAUAUUCAUUCCUUUUUCUGAGAGUUUCAUGUUUAUAUCUUCUUAUUGGGUGAGGAGACCCAGAACAAAAAACGAGGGAAAUGUUUUAAUAUUCCAUAUGAAUCAUAAAUUAUAUUUGGGACUGUCUGUGUAUAUUCUUAAUAAAGAGAACAAAACACAA